GAAUCUGCACGGAAGAAGAGUCCGUGGAGGAAGUCCGGAGAACGCAGGCGCAGACGCCGUAGGUGAUGUGAGGCUGGCGCCCGCCUCACGUCUGGGGUGAUGCCCUCCAGUGAGCCUCAUCCCCCGUACCACCUUCAACACCGCAACAUUCCUCCCUCGCAUCUACAACAGCAUACGCCGAGCGCGAGUUCCUUCAGCGAUCAGUUCUUUCAGCUGGUGGCGGCGCAUCAUCAGCAACAGCAACAGCGACAGCAGCAACACGGCGGACCCUUUCAAAAUUCCACGUACACGCAGAAGCAGGAGAUGAGCCCGGAGGAGGAGGGGGGCCGAGUGGGUGGGUCCCCCCCUGCGGCCGGGGCUGCACUUCAUCAGCCCCAUCACCCGCGCACGGCUAGUCCACCUUCGGGCACAGAACCCUGCACCCGCGACGCGAUACCAACACCCACACCUAUUGCUGAUACCACCACCACCACCACGACCACGACUAUGACGAUGCAAUCGCAGAGUCAGCAGCAACAGCAACAACAGGGUCCUAGCCCGAGCCCGAGCCCGACGGGCGGCGAUGUGGAAAAAUUUGAUGGGAAAAUCGUCUACAACCCAGACGGGUCGGCCUAUAUCAUCGAAGGCGAGAGCGAACUCAGCGAGGAUGAGUCUCUGCCUGACGGUUGUAUUGUAGAUGGGCGCGGUGUAUCGGUUCCUCACUCUUUAGUUUUCCCGCAAAUCGCGAAUGCGUACUAUGUAUCGCGGUUAUACGCGCAUCAGGCCUACCAGCAGCAGCAGCAACAACAACAGCGUUCGGCGACCCAACAGCAGAAUCCCGAUCUUCCCGUAAUGCACAGUUAUCGGGUGAUCAGUUACAGGAGCGCGGAGGGUAGUAAACAGCCUCCUCCAGCGCCGACAAUACCACCGCCGCCUGCUGCGUCGGUACCCGUCAAACCUAUCCUAAUGUGUUUCAUAUGUAAGCUCAGUUUUGGGUAUGCGAAAAGUUUUGUCGCGCACGCUCAGGGCGAGCAUCAACUUACUCUAAUGGAAGACGAACGACAGAUACUCUCUCACUCGACGGCGUCGGCCAUUAUACAGGCCGUGGGUAGAGGAAAGCAACCACUCGUAAGUUUCUUAGAACCUGUCGCGAGUUCGACCUGCGGCCAGACGUCGCCCGCGCAAGUGCAAGCUCAACAACAACAGCAACGUAGCGAGUCCAACGAACACGAGACAACGCCGACUACAACGAGCACUCCGGCGAGCACACCCGGCGUACCUAGCAGUCCCCAGCAGCAGCAACAAUCGCAACAGACGCAACAACAGCAACGACCCUCACCGAGCACUCCCACCACGCCCACGUCACAUUCGAAUCAUCCUCUUACGUAUAAUCAUCAACAACAACAACAUCCAUGGAGCGGCGCGCAAGUGAGCGCCGCAUCCUGGGCUAAGGCUCCUGACGCCAUGCAUUACAGCUCACCGCCGCCACCAACUUCGUCCACCAAAGGAUCUCCGUCUUCAUACGCCGCCCUUACUCAGGUCCCCCCGAACUUUCUCACCGGUACCACGAUAGGUGUUUGUCCGGAGCACAUGCAAGGUAGACCAAGUGGGGUGGAAUGUGCGAAGUGUGAGCACAUACUGACAAGUAGCCGACUCGCUGUUCCUGGUGGACCGCUCGCUGGAAUACACAGUCGAAAUUCUUGCAAAACCCUAAAGUGUCCCAAGUGCAACUGGCACUACAAGUACCAAGAGACUCUCGAGAUACAUAUGAAGGAAAAACAUCCGGACAGCGAAACGUCCUGUUUUUAUUGUAAUGCAGGUCAACCUCAUCCCAGGUUAGCGCGUGGCGAAACCUAUACCUGUGGCUAUAAGCCAUAUAGGUGUGAAGUGUGCAAUUAUUCCACCACGACGAAAGGUAAUCUCAGUAUACACAUGCAAAGUGACAAACAUCUGAACAACAUGCAGGAACUACAGCAGGGAGGCGGGGGUGGCUCCGGUACCAGCAAUCCCUCCUCGUCUCAGGACGCGCCAAUGCCAACGCGGAGUCCCCACCAUCAGCAGAAUCACAGCCCACACCGGGCUGCCCAGGGUGGCAAUCAGAGCAAACCGAAGCUCUCGUUUCGCUGUGACAUAUGCAACUACGAGACAAACGUCGCGCGCAAUCUAAGGAUACACAUGACGAGUGAAAAGCAUACGCACAACUCGAUGGUGCUACACCAGAAUAUCAAACACAUGCAAACAUUGUCCGCGUUAUCCCACCAUCAACAGGCGCAACACCAUCAUCAGCAACAGCAGCAACAACUCGAGCAUUUGCUCCACUUAGGCAGCAUGGACAAACCGCAACCCACGGAAACCGCGACGUUGGCCGACUUAGCUUACAAUCAAGCGGUCCUCAUGACAAUGAUGACCGGCGGUCAAAUGCCACAGUUUCCGCCAGAACUCAUAGGCACCAUAGCGAGCGCGGCUGCCAUAAGCAAUCUUGGCGGUGACGUUGGACUUUCGCCGGAUAGCAUGGAGCCACCACCGGAACCAGCGGAUCAGGAUCCUAACCAUCUGUAUCAAUGCUGCAUCUGUAACAACUUUACGACGGACUCGCUCGAGGCUUUGAGUCACCAUCUAAACCUCGACAGAACGAGAACUCGUGAAGGCGAUAUACUCGUAGUGGUGAAUGCAAACUUUGUCUGCCAACUUUGUUCCUAUAAAACCAAUCUAAAGGCAAAUUUCCAGUUACACUGCAAGACUGACAAGCAUCUGCAACGGCUGCAGCAUAUGAACCACGUGAAAGAGGGUGGUCCGCGUAACGAAUGGAAACUCAAGUACUUGGCGUCGCCCACAAGCGCCGCGCAAUUGCGUUGCCACGCGUGUGAUUACUACACCAAUAGUGCUCAUAAACUGGCCCUACACGCAGCCUUACCGAGGCACGAAACUGCGGCUCUCCUGCUCCGUCAUCUGCUCGAAGCGAGCAGUAACAUCCAAACCCCCGGAAAAUUAUAUCACUGCAUGAUAUGCGGGUUUAGCGCCCGACAUCGAUUGCCGCUUCUUCAACACGUGAAAUCUCUGCGGCAUCUUCACAUGGAACAAUUACACCAUCUUCACAGAAGAAAUACCCUCACGGGGAACGAAUCCCCGCACGCGGAUAUUAGUGUCAUCUUUCAGGUGACGAGCGAUCCCGAUGUGCCGCCCACGCAACAGUCUAGCCCGACCACGCCAACGACACCAAACGCUACGAGCACGAACAAUGAACGACGAGAGGAAGGUAGUGAGUGCGGUAGUGAGGUAAAACAAGAACCGGAUAAUGAUCCAGAACCGGAAGCCGAGCCCGAGAAUGACCAAGAAGAAAUCACGUGCCUAUACUGUACGUAUCAGCCAACGUCGCGGGAAGAAUUACGACAGCACUUGCAGGUGGCUCAUGUUCAAGAUUCGGAGGAAAAAACUGAAACGGUAAAGGAAGAGCCAACGACGGAAUUGUUGUGCCCGUUGUGCCAAGAUAGUUUCAAGGAACGUCCCGCCUUGGAGAAGCACGUGAUGCAAAUUCACUCCGUUAAUACCGACGGUCUGCAGAGGCUACUACUAUUAGUGGAUCAAAGCCAUUGGCUAAAUAAUAAUCGAAAUACUUCGACGCCGGCUGUUACGAUCGCAACGACGCCGACGUCGCCCACGACUACGACGAAAACCCAUCAGGAGGAAGAAAUGAGCGAACGAGGUGGCAAUGACGAAAUCGAAGAGAUAUCUAGGUGUAAUAUAUGCGGCCGAGUUUGGCGUUCUAUCGAGGAACUUCAGCAACAUCAUCGGGAAGCUCAUCCAACCACCACGCCUACUUUGGCGGUAAGUGAGAAACAUGUUUACAAAUAUCGGUGCGUACAAUGCAGCCUUGCGUUUAAAACACUGGAGAAACUUCAGCAGCACUCCCAGUAUCACGCUAUUAGAGAUGCGACUAAAUGCGCCUUGUGCGGACGAUCUUUUCGUUCAGUCCAAGCGCUUCAGAGACACUUGGAAUCUGCUCAUGAUCUCCACGAGGAUGAAUUGGCUCAGUAUAGGCAAAGUUUGAUCCAGGCACAUCCUCUUCUUCAGGCAUUGACGGAAGAAACGUUAAAGAAACAAAUCGGUCUGGCAAACGAACUGCAUGUGGAAGAUGAUUCUGGUAGGGGUGACGAGGAGGAAAGUGACGCCAGUGAUUCUUCUCCGUUGCAGAAGGAACAACGACUACUGGAGGAUUAUCUAAAUAGUCAAUCGAUCGCUGAGGAUUCUUAUCAAGAUCCAAGUCGAAAAUUCAAGUGUCACCGAUGCAAGGUAGCCUUCACGCGUCAGAGUUAUCUGACCGGCCACAACAAGACCUUAUUGCAUCGCAAAGGCGAAAAAAUGUCUUAUCCUAUGGAAAAAUAUUUGGAUCCCAACAGACCGUAUAAAUGUGACGUUUGUAAAGAGAGCUUCACGCAGAAAAAUAUACUUUUGGUGCACUACAACAGCGUGAGUCAUUUGCAUAAGUUGAAGCGUGCGAUGCAAGAGCAAGGUAAUAACAAUACGUUGAUUUCGGUGGUACCUCCUGCUAGCCCGACUGAGUCGCCCGACUCCCAGCAAGAUCAAGACAAGAAACCGUACAAGUGCAACAUCUGUAAGGUCGCAUAUACUCAGGGUAGUACUUUGGACAUCCACAUGAGGAGUGUUCUUCAUCAAACGCGCGCAAGUAAACUGCAGGAUCUUGCCGCUAGCGGCCAAUUAGAUCUCGCUCGACCAUUGAUUGAACAACCACCGCCGAGUCCGAACAGUCCGCCCGUCAACACAAAUACAGGCAAUACAGGAGGGAUGCUCUCCUGUUCGCGUUGCAACACUCUGUUCGUUAAUCAGGAUCAACUCGCAGCGCAUCAACAGUUAUGUAACAUUUUAAACAAUCCGGCAUUAGCAUUGUUUCAACAAUUUGCUGCAUCGCAGCAAUUAGCUUCGUCUGGCCAGGCUAAGACUCCACCUCCCACGUCUACAACACCAGGGCCGCAGCAACACAUGCAAUCGGCUACGCAUUCGUCGCAGACUACGCAGGACAUUCUUUCCCAACCGCGACAUAAAACCUCACAAAUGUACAAGCAUCUGUUGGAGAGUUUCGGUUUUGAUCUCGUCAUGCAGUUCAAUGAGAAUCACCAAAGAAGACAACGCAAAGAAGAGGAAGCAGCCGCCGCUCUUCAAGCGCAGCAAGAGCAACAAAAGCAGGAACAACAGAAGCAAGCUCUCGCUGCUCAAGCUCUGCAGGAAAAAGAAGAAGAAGCGGCGGAAGAAGCUCAUAUGGAUGAUGAUGUGAUACCAGAACUCACGCGCAGCAUUUGCCAACACUGCAACAAGGAAUUCAGUAGCGUUUGGGUGCUGAAGGCUCAUUGCGAAGAAGUCCAUCGCGAUCUCGUACCGCGCGAAUUUCUUGAGAAGUACGCGCAGCAGUUCAAGUGUGAGUACGAGAAGAAAAGUGUUGUGGUGACCGUCGCGACAUCCUCAUCAACUAGCACAGCACCGAGAAGCUCUACGCCCGCUGCCGCACAACCUCAAGAUCUCAGUUCUGACAAAGAAUCGCGCGAAAAGGAGAAGGAAGAGAGCGCUGAGAGCAAAGAACGUGCCAGCCGUACGCCCGAAGCUACGUCUACUACUCCAGCAACUACUCCAGCGUUAAGCAACACGCCGGUUUCAAGUACAGAUUCCACGACGCCGACUGUGCUACCUACUAAUUCACAGCAUCAUGUUUCACAACAGUCGCAACAGCAGCAGCAACAGCAACAGCAGCAGCAACUGCAGCAGCAGCAGCAGCAACAGCAACAACAACAGCAGCAGCAACAACAAAGUCAACUUGCAUUUGCGCAACAAAUGUCUGAAAUGCAGGCUGCUCUAAAUGCUGCAAUGGCUGCGUCGCAAUUGCAACAGCAGCUACAACAAUAUCCGGGAUUAAUGAUGGGAAUGAUGGGAUUACCAUUGGGAUUAAAUGUACCCGCUUUAGCCGCCAUGAAUCUGCAACCGCCUCUAGUGCCAAUGAUGCUACCACCACCACCGUAUGAUGGUGCCGCUCCAUAUCCAUCAAUUAAUCAAGCUGAUCUUCUUGCUAAGCAACAUCUUGCUCUUCAACAGCAACAAGCAGCAGCAGCAGCAGCGGCGAAUGCAGCCGCAUCGCAAAAACGAGCGCGAACGCGCAUCACUGAUGAUCAACUAAAAAUACUACGGGCGCACUUCGAUAUUAAUAAUUCUCCUGGUGAAGAGCAAAUCCUAGACAUGGCUGCUCAGAGUGGUCUGCCACCUAAAGUCAUAAAACAUUGGUUCCGUAAUACAUUAUUUAAAGAACGGCAACGUAACAAAGAUAGUCCUUACAAUUUCAACAAUCCGCCAAGUACCACUUUAAAUCUCGAGGAGUACGAAAAAACCGGUGAGGCGAAGGUGACCCCGUUAAAUUCAAGCGUGUCCGGUGGCAGUUCCUCUGACGAUAAAAGCCCGAAUAAGCAAACCACGCCUCCGCCGUCUGUGCAAAACAUCAGCGCAUCUCAAUCUACUGAAAUAAAACAGGAAGCAGUCGAACAGUCGCAGUGUCAACAGCAGCAACAAGCGAUGCAACAUCAAGAAGAGCAGCAACACCAUUCGCCCGGCAGUUCGGGUGGACAACAAUCGCGACCGCAUUCGCCCGCGCUUAGUAUGAGUUCUGUAUUCUCGGCUAUCCAUCACGACAUUUCUUCCCAUCCUCCGUCGACCACAAAUGCCCCGAGCACUCCGAUGUUACCACCGAAAUUAGCUGCACAGAACUUUGCCAAUCCCACUCCGGGAACCGGUGGCGUAGUGCCGACUGCGAUCGCCGCAAUGGCACUUACACCACAGAGAUCUCUGAGCCCGGGUCGUGGACCAACUGACUAUUUUGGUGGCAACAGUAACGGCAGCAACACCUCCGGUGGAAGUUCCGGCAAGCGCGCCAAUCGCACAAGAUUCACCGAUUACCAGAUAAAGGUCCUCCAGGAAUUCUUCGAGAACAACGCGUAUCCGAAGGACGACGAUUUAGAGUAUCUCAGUAAACUUCUCGGCUUGAGCCCACGUGUAAUCGUAGUGUGGUUUCAGAAUGCUAGACAGAAAGCACGUAAGGUCUACGAAAACCAACCCGCUGCCGAGCCUGUGACAACUGGUGGACGCGAAAACGAUGACGGAUCCGGUAGAUUUCAGAGAACGCCAGGCUUGAACUACCAGUGCAAAAAGUGCCUGCUAGUAUUUCAGAGAUAUUACGAGCUUAUACGUCAUCAGAAGACCCACUGUUUCAAAGAGGAGGACGCCAAGAGGAGCGCGCAAGCGCAGGCCGCGGCAGCUCAGGUCGCCGCGGUUCUGAGUUCCGAAGACAGUAACAGCAGCUCCACGACGACUACGAACAACACGGUGACCAACAAUCCGUCAACUGCGCCUGCGCUUGCCGAACAAUUACAGCAACCGUUGAGUAGUACCACAUCACCUCAUCAACAUCAACAGCAAACCCUGUCUCAGACACACCAACAGUCUCAGCAGACGCAGCAGCAGCAGACGCAGCAGCAGUCGCAAACAGAAUCCAAGGAAGGCAGCUUUCAAUGUGACAAAUGCAACCUGAUGUUUGGCCGAUUCGAACUUUGGCGCGAACAUCAGUUAAUACAUAUCAUGAACCCGACUUUAUUCCCAUCAGCGUAUCCACCUGAUUCACCCUUCGGGAUCUUGCAACAGCAAGCAAUUAAUGCUAGCCAAGCCUCUGGGGUCACAACGGACACGUCGCAUUCGCUCAUCAGUUUGAUGCAGAAGAGAAAGUUCGAGGAUCUUGAAGAGGGAACGGGUAGCGACAAUCGCUCGAACUCGGAACACAACGAGCAGCCGAAGGACAAGCGUUUACGUACCACAAUACUUCCGGAACAGUUAGACUAUCUUUAUCAAAAAUACCAGAUCGAGUCUAAUCCAUCGAGAAAAAUGCUGGAGACGAUCGCCCGCGAGGUCGGUUUGAAAAAACGUGUGGUGCAAGUGUGGUUUCAGAAUACGCGCGCCCGCGAACGCAAGGGUCAAUUUCGCGCUCAUAGUCAAGUUAUCAAUAAGCGCUGUCCGUUCUGCCCGGCGCUAUUCAAAGUCAAAUCUGCUUUAGAAUCUCAUCUUAGCAGUAAACACGCCGACCAGGUGGCUCGCGGCGAAGUGAACAUCGACAACAUCCCGGACGAAGAGCUCUCGAUGGAAUCCGUUCCUUCCAAUUCUAGCACUCCUCACAUGAUGCCACCGUUGUUCCCGCCUAUCAACAGCGACACGGAGGCAUCUUUGAAACCCAUAAGUACUAUGAAAUAUUAUGAGGACAUGAAGCGAUACUUCAGCGAGUUACAGGCGUACGCUAGUAACGGAAAACAAGAAACGGCAAAUCAUCAGGCCGGCGGAAACAGUGGCGAAUCACCGUUGGAUCUGAGUAAACCAGUCGAUCUUAGCCGGCCAGUGAAACUGUGUUUGAGCAACUUCAGCAGUCUUCUCGAGGAGCAACACAGCGCCCAUUUCCGCGGCGGCAGCGACUGCGGACCUCUGACCGACUUAUCCGAGCGUAGCAUCUGCGAUGAUGACAGCAUGAGUGAGACUACGGAAUUUUUAGACGAUGAAAGCGGACCAGCAAGUCCGGCCUCGAGUACGCAGAGCUCGAGACAGGGACCCGCCAGUGGAAAUACAGGGAAUACAUCCGGGCCGCCAGUGACCGGUAACCAAUCCAGCGGCAAUACCGGCCAAUCUGGUGGUAAGCGAUAUCGCACGCAGAUGUCGGCUACUCAGGUGAAGGUGAUGAAGUCGCUCUUCUCGGACUACAAGACGCCGACGAUGGCCGAAUGCGAGAUGCUUGGCCGGGAGAUCAAUCUUCCGAAACGAGUGGUCCAGGUGUGGUUCCAGAAUGCCCGAGCUAAGGAGAAGAAAGCCAGAUUAGCGGCUGGUCUGCCGGCCGAAGGCUCAGCUGUUCAACCACAUCGCGGCCCAACCGGACCAGACGAGUGCAGACUCUGCUCUGUACGUUACUCGGCCAAGACACCGCUGCAGGAGCAUGUCUUCUCGCGGCGGCACAUCGAGUCGGUGCGCGUCGCCGUCGAGGAGGGCACACUGGUGCCACCGACGCCUGGGGCGCCAAUCGUACCCACCGGCAGCGGUGCUGCUGGCGUGCCCGGUAUCGGAAAUUCCCCGGUGGUCGCCACAUCCGGUCAGCAAGUCAACCAGCAGCAGCAACAGCAGCAGUCGGACGAAAACAUGAUGUACGGAUCCGUGUUCCUUCACCCCACGGCAAUGUUCCAGUCACAGCAGCAGCAGCAGCAGCAGCAACAUUCCGCCGCCGCUGCGACCAGCGCAGCUAGCACCACGGCCGUAGCGGCUGCGGGCUUGAGCGGCGGCCUACUCGGGAACGCUAUGAUGCCGCUGCACGUGGAGGGUGGCGCGCAGGUGCAGGUGCCGCGGGCCCUGAUGCAGGCGUUCCUGCAGCAGGAUCCGAAUCAUCCGGGCCUGGAGACGGUCCGUCUGCCGGCACCGUCGUGCGGCGUCGAGGAUACCGGAUUGCCUCAGCACUGUCGCGAGGUGGAGACCGAGCUGUGCCUCGUCUGCCGCCGUUGCGGUCGCGCAUAUCCGCAGGAGUCGUCGCUGCUGGCGCACCAGCGGUCCUGCUACCUGGGCAAUCAGCAGCGUCGCGGUGCUCUGCGCCUCGUUCAGGGGCGUUACGCGUGCUCGUUGUGCGAACCCAACGUGUCAACGCGCACCUACACCACCGUGAACGAGUGGCGUCGUCACGCCGAGACGCUGCAGCACCGGGCGCGACUCGAGGCUGCACAAGAGCGCCAGCAACAGCAACAGCAGCAGCAGCAGCAACAAUAUGACGGCGGCGCGCAAUCCGGCGAGGAAACGAACCCGCUCACCGACGAAAUGGAGGACGUCGUCAAUCAGAUCACCCUAUUGGCGGCCCGUGCGGCUGCUGAGAGUACGACUGGUCAGUCACAGGCUGGUGACAGAGCCGGCAGUCAGGACAACAACAACGGACCCGACGCUAAGCGGCAAAAGUUGGUACAAGAAGUCACCGCCCUCGCCGGGGCACGUUAAACGUCGAGCUCGGGGAUUGGUCUACCACGUCUGUUAGAGACAGGAAGGUUGCGCGUAAAAAUGGCACCAAAAUAACAGUAGAGCUAGGGAUUGCAAGAGGAAGAUACCGAAGACGGGCGGAAAAAAGGGAGAGACGAGAACCUAUGGACGUCGCUUGGAGGUCGGACCCCGAGGACGUCGCAGUGAACGAGCCAAUGUUCCUAACCGGCGAUGAACGGGCAGGCACGAGUGUCCACCUCGGUGGAGCACCCCGUCGGGGGCAUUUGCUCCCGGUGGCGGUUGGAGAGGGGGCAGGAAGGGGAGGCACACUACUCAGGCGCGAACGGCGGACGAUCAUUGGUUCUCUCUCUCUUAAUUUUAUUGUUUACGCACCGCCAGCACACACAACCAUCCUCCACCGCUUCCCUGCCCCCUAGCCCCCGCCCUCGAUUCGCCUAUUAUUUUUGUAACGCGAAUCCCGCGCAGCGCGCGCCGUGAUGAUGCGCGCUCUCCAAAGUUCCUCUCGUAGCACGAAAGAAAAAAAAAGAGAAAAAAAAAAGAAAAAACAUUAAUAAUAGAAAAGGAAAGGUGGUAAAAGGACAGAGAGACUCGAUGAAGAUGAACUAGAGUCUAAGUGUGGCAUCGACUGGGGAACGAUCGAGCGAAUGCGAUCGAGAAAUCCUCCUUGAUCAGCCAAUAAUCGGUCGAUCGGUCGGCCGGUCGAUCAGUCAACGGCUCGAUCGGAUCGGGCCGAUUUUGGGCGCACGUCUCGAAACGAUGUUGCGCGAUACGUUUCCAGAGGAGAAGAGUACGGGAAGUUCCGGAGGGAAAGUGCGUCGUGCGACGCGGAACGACGCGCGUCGAGGUGGGCUAACUUAAACGUUCCUAUGUAAAGUAAUAAUAAAGAUUUAAAACAGAGUUAUUAAGAAAAAAAGAAAGAAAGAGAAGCAGGAAGAUACAAGCGGACGCUAUUAGGCGCGGCGUAGUAGGGUAGAUGGUGCGCGGCGCGCGAAACUAAAAACGCCGCCAUCGUUACGAAUACGUACGUACAUAUUCAUAUAUAUAUAUAUACAUACAUCUAUAUAUAUAUACACAUAUACAUAUAUAUAUAUAGAUAUCUGACUGUCUCUAUCACUCUCUUUCUCGUUUUGACGCGCGUGUGCACGUGGCUUUCCACGGAUCUGUGUGUAUGUAGAUCUGGGUGCGUGCGGGUGUGUACGCGUGCAUGCGUGUGUAUGUAUGUGUGUCGCGAAUCGUUCUGCGAUUUCGGCGGCGAUCGUGGAAAAGGUAAUAUGAUAAAGAGGAACACUUUUCGGGAAAGUGACAAAAGAAAAUUCAAGAAGCACACACACACACGCACACACACAAUACAUACAUUUACGAUACUCUUUCUCUGCCACUUUCUCUAUCAUUUACAUAUACUCACGUACACACAUACACACACACACGCCACACGCAACACACAACGACGGGCGCGCACUGUACAUACGUGUACACGGGCUUGACACGUACGUUUUGUUUCGUUUUUCUUUUUUUUUGCAUUCUUUAGUUCCUACAUAUUUUAUAAAAAAAAAAAGAAAGACGUAAUAAGAUGGCGGACAGAAGGGAAAACGACGGUCUACAAGACGGCACAAUAAACUCCCGGUGUGCCCGUCAUCGAUACGAUUCGCGUGCACGAACAAGCAAGUAAGACCCAGAAACAUGGUUCCUAUAUUUAAUAAAUUAUAUUUAUUAACGCUAAACAAAUGAUUAGUAACAACGUUAAUGAUAAUAAUAAUAUUAAUAAUAAGAGUAAUAAAAUAAUAAUAAUGAAAUUAGUAAUAAUAAUGAUAAUAAUAACGAUAGGUAUUAGAGAGCUGUCGGUAGCUAUAACGAUUAUCGCUAAGCAACGCCCGAUGAUCGAACCGAUUGAUACACAUCGACGCUCGAGAUGGGGAUAAUAGGGGAUGAACCCGGCACCAUUGAAGGAAUAGAAUCUUACCUCUGUGUCCUCCGAUAUCUCUCUCCCUCUUUUCCAUAGUCUCGCGCAAGUACGUAAAAUGAAAAAUCGAACGGUACGCAUACGAUGAUUGAACGAAAUUGUAAACGUCUAGCGGUAAAUGCAAAUCGAUUGCGCGCGUAUAACGUAACACAUAAUUGAAAAAUACAGAUUUUUCUUAUCAUAAUAAUCGGCCUGACAUAGUAUUGAGUGAUAUCGGGACACUCCAAUAAUCUGGGAUUUUUUAAAUAUAGUAUAAGGUGAAUUUUAAAUUUAUAAACGAACACAUUUCUUAAAAAUUAUCUCGCGUGCGUUUAGGGAAUAAUAUUUUAGAAAUAUAGACAUCGUCCUGGAUCACAGAUUUGGGAAAGAGGGAGAAGAGCGAGAAUCGUGCAUCCUUUCGUGAAUAGCAACAGAAUGAGAACGGUGUAAAAUCGAGAACGACAAAGAAUUCACUAUUAGCUGUAAGUUAACGGAUAAAUUACGAUUAAACUAUAUAAAAUAUAA